CUCUAAAGAGGUUGGUAAAAGGUGAGGUACACGUUGGACAUAUAUCGGAAAUACGUCCAACGUGCACCUCUUGAUGUUGACGCCAGCGUAAAGAGAAAAGAAAAGAACGCCACUGCAAAAAAACAUCAGACAACAGAGUCAAAUGCCGAAAUGCCAUCUCCCGAACCACAGACAAGUCAUCCAAACAACCAGUUUCAAUCUACGCGGAUCUCUAACUCACCGCAAAUUCAAUACGGAUACGCCGCACCUCAUCCUCCAUGUAGAGGUCUAGCUCAUUCGCCACCUGCUCCCUAUGCUUUCCAUCCAAAUACUCCAGCAACACCUCCUCAUACAUCUCCUUCCCCUUAUACCGACUAACAUUAUCCCCCCAACUCCUAACCGCGCUCGCCAGUCUUCGGGGCACAUAAUAUUCCUACACAAUCUCCGUAAUCGGAUGAAAAUACGUGCGGAUGGCAAACACCACGCCCCCACUGCGCAGCAGCCUGCGUAGUGUUUGCUGAAUGGACCGGAAGUAGUAGUGUUCGACUACCUUGUUUUUCUCGGCGGUGAACCAGCCUACGGUCCCCUCCUCGCCGUCUUC